GGUUCUGCGUCCUCUCUUCCUCCAUGCCUAGAAAUAGUCUCUGCAAAUCCACCUCUUCAUUCAUCCUUUUACUCACUUAUUUCUUCUUCUUCUUCAUUUUCUCCUUGAGUAGUGUUAUGGUCAAUGGUGAAUCUCAGAGCUUUGCCCGAACUCUAUCACCUGAAUCCAUGAGAUUUAAGCAAGAAAAGAUAACCCACCUUCACUUCUACUUUCAUGACAUUGUCAGUGGUCGUAAUCCAACUGCUGUUCGAGUUGCAGAAGCACCAAUCACCAACAAAUCAGCCACAUUUUUCGGUGCGGUUGUAGUGAUGGAUGAUCCUUUGACGGAAACUCCAGAGUUGACUUCGAAGGCUGUUGGAAGAGCUCAGGGAAUCUAUUCUGCCACUUCACAAAGUGAACUAUCCUUUUUAUUGGCCUUCAACUUUGUCUUCUCCGAAGGGAAGUAUAACGGGAGCACGCUUAGUGUACUAGGGAGAGAGCCUGUGGGGCCUAAGGUGAGGGAGCUGCCGGUGAUCGGAGGGAGUGGAAUUUUCCGAUUUGCCCGAGGUUAUGCUUUGGUGAAGACUCAGGCGUUGGACCUCAAAACUGGAGAUGCAGUUCUUGAAUAUGAUGUUUUCGUAAUCCAUUACUAAGCCUUCUUCCGUCUUAUUGCCAUUAUAAAGAUCUUAGGGUCCGUUUGGUUUAGAAAC